AUGGCUCUCCGUAUCAGCUGCGACCAUGCAAGAUAUAUUUAAUUUGUGAAUCUAAACAAACCGGCCUCAAAUUAGAAGAAGCAAUGGGUGUCACUGUAUUGCUGCCAUAUCAGAUACCAGAGGGGAAAACUGGCGCGCAAGCAAUUGACUACCUUACAAAGCGCCUUUUGGCGCUGGGUGCCAUCCAUACCGGCCAAUUCCUGGUAGAUUGCGAAACUUACAUUUCCACACCACCCCAUGGCCCAGCCAAAACUGUGCAUGUACUUCACGAUUCCGAAUAUCCAGCAACCACCUUCGCUACAUUAGACAAUGGUGCUGGCAAGCAAAUACCACUAGUGGCAGACAACCUCUUCGAUUUGCUUAUGCUCAAAAUGACAACGGUGUACACGUCUAAAAAGCAAACGAAAAUCGAAUCAAAGGGCGCACGUUUUGAAUAUGGUGAUUUCCUCAUAAAACUAGGUUCGGUGACCAUGAUGGAGAACUUCAAAGGCAUACUCAUUGAGAUCGAAUAUCGGCCGUGUGUAGUACUUUCGUAUUGUUGGGAAAUGAUACGUGAAAUGCUGCAAGGUUUUCUAGGCAUGCAAAUCGCCAAAGAAUACCCCGCUUACUUUUCACAGCAAAUAUUGAAUCCUAUAGGCCAGCAGCAGAUACAUCCAAAACAAAAUGAUGUCUACGAACCAAUUGAUACGAUUAAUCAGUAUUUGGAGAGUUUUACAAAUUAUCGCAAACAAAAUGUGCUGCCGGUGGCGAGCAGUGGCGGUGCAGCAUCAGCGCAAAAUUCGGCAGCUGGCAUGCAGGGCGGCAAUCAACGAAUGCGGCUCUUAUAGUAGUAGUUACUUAUUUUAGUCGGCGGUAUUUUAAGAGUUUUAUUUUUAAAAUAGUUAAGUAACAUAGAAGAAAUGAUAGUGAAAAGGUUUAGAAACUGGUCUAAGUUUCAUUUUGAAUAAAAUAAAUUUGUACGGUGUAUACCUCGCUUUCCUAGUAGCGGGUUGUCGUUGCCGGGACGAGCUGUAGCAGCGGCACAUAA